CGCUAUUGUGAUCGGACUUUUGUCGUCAACUUGUUUUUUGCGCGUUUGUUUUUCAACAUUUUUUUAUUUUAUUUAUAGCGAUUACCCGAUAAAGAAACGAAUAUACGAAAACAAUUUGCAACAGCUUCCAUAUUACAAGCCGCAAAAGAUAUAUAAGAAAACAGCAGCAGUAAAUUUGCUCUGCAGUGAAAAAUUUCGUGGUACAGUGAGUUAGCCAAGCGUGAAAAAUUUUGCGAGUGUUAGAUAAUUGCUAAGAAGGCGAGGAAUAGGCGCUUACAAGGGCAUUCAUAUUCAAUGUGUAUGAUACGCCGUCGUGUGCGGUACAAAAAUUUAACGAUUUUUGCCAAAAAUUAGGAAGUGCUAUUUUUUCAUAUUCUUGUUUUCUGCUUCUGCGACGUAAUUCUACGCCCAGCUGUCUCAAUCAACAGAAACAAACACAAACAAAAACGCUCCUGAUCUGUUGUCACAAGCAACCGAGAAACUGUGCGAAACAAGCAGCUGCGGGUUUGCGGACGUCUCAGAGUUUUUCAUUUUGCUGGGCAUAGCCGUAUAAGCAAAGGACGCCAAGGAUGUCUGUGCGCCUACUAACCUUGCGACUGGCUAGACAUGGUCGUUAUUUCCUACAAGGCUUCUGGAGACGUGAUAUACACAACAACAUUUUGGAACAAAGCCGAGAAAAGACGCGCCGGAGCUUACCCAACCCUUUGAGGCCCGGCGCUACCAGCGUUGCCGCCUCCGCCAAACCCCCUGCAGUUAAAGGCGUUCUGAAUGGCGUUACCAAUGCUAGCUCUAGUGUUGCAUCAAAGUCCCUACCUCGAACCGGAAUCUUAAGCGUCGGACAACAUGCGCGUAAAGUGUUCAUUGAUAAUAUCUUAAAUCGGGUGACAACAAACUACUCUCACGAUUUGCGUACACAAGCAACUAAAAAGUUGUUCUAUGGAGAUUCCGCACCUUUUUUCGCCCUAGUAGGCGUAAGUUUGGCCUCUGGUGCAGGUGUUUUGACGAAAGAUGAUGAAUUGGAGGGCGUUUGUUGGGAGAUACGAGAAGCUGCUGGCCGCCUGCAGUCAUCAUGGAAUUAUGACGAAAUAUCUGAAACGCUAAAUAGUGACUUUAGCAUCGAUAAAUUGGACGUUGGGCCAGCUAUUGCUAAAGGCUGUGCCGCCGUAGUCUAUUCGGCAGCGUUUAAAAACGAGACCAGUGCCUCUGGCACCACGGAGAUACCUGCUUUGGAUGCAACUCAUGAUGCCGAAGCUGCUGCAGCUAUGGCUCGUGGCAGUGCAACGACUCCACUACGACAGCAAUCCUUCUACCCAGAGCUGAUGUCACCAAUGCAGAAUAUGUCACGUUUUGUACACAAUUUCGGCAGUUCUAUGGAUAACUUGAAUGAAUUGUAUAAUCAAAACUCGGCUGCAGCCGCGUUUGUUGCUGAGCGUAGGGCACAUUGCGCAGCCGAUGUGCAAGAAGAGAAUAUUCAGAAAUUGGAAGGUGAUUUCAAUAAUGACGUUAAUGCGGGUUUCUCAGGCAUCAGCAGCGGAAUGCAGGGACUGCAAUCCAUAGACACUCCUCAUGCCAGUAUUAAUCGCUAUCCGCUCGCCUUGAAAAUGAUGUUCAACUAUGACAUACAGAGUAAUGCUCUCUCCAUACUGCGCGCUAUGUACAAGGAAACUGUGCCUGCACGUGCCCGUCGCAUGAACGACUGUGCUGAAGAGUGGGAGCGUUUAUUGCGAAAUCAAACCCUAACUCUGCCACCUCAUCCGAAUAUAGUUUGCAUGUUUGGUUUCUUUUGUGACGAGGUGCGUAAUUUCCCCGACGGCCAUUUACUUUACCCCAUUGCGCAGCCCCAACGCAUCAAUCCACACGGCUAUGGACGCAAUAUGUCACUAUACCUAUUGAUGAAACGUUAUGACUAUAGCUUGCGUGCGCUUCUCGAUUCACACAAACUGAGCGCGCGUGCCAAACUAUUGCUACUGGCACAAUUGCUUGAAGCCACGGCACAUAUUAAUCGUCAUGGCAUUGCACAUCGGGACCUUAAAUCAGAUAACAUUCUUAUUGAAAUGAACGACGAUGAUUCUCCACCAGUAUUGGUACUCUCGGACUUUGGUUGUUGCUUGGCCGAUAAGGUACAUGGCUUGCAGAUACCCUUUACCUCGUACGAUAUAGAUAAGGGCGGGAAUGCAGCGCUAAUGGCGCCAGAGAUCAUUAAUAAGCAACCGGGUCCAUUUGCUGUAUUAAACUAUGCUAAAGCGGAUUUGUGGGCAUGUGGCGCGAUAGCUUAUGAAAUAUUUGGGCAACGCAAUCCUUUCUAUUCGUGCAGCGGUGGUUUGGCUUUGGCAAAUGGCGAACAAACGCUUUCGCUACGCAACAGUGAUUAUAAAGAGGAAGAUCUGCCGCCGCUUAGCGACGAAUGUCCAGCGAUAGUUCAACAAUUGAUAUAUAAUAUACUAAAUCCGAGCCCUUCCAAACGUGUGAGCCCUGAUAUUGCAGCGAAUGUGAUGCAACUGUUUUUGUGGGCCCCAUCCAAAUGGUUGCGGGCUGGAGGUAUGCCCAACAGUCCGGAGAUCCUCCAAUGGCUACUUUCGCUCACAACGAAAGUAAUGUGUGAGGGUCGCGCUGCUGUCGAUCAACUAAGCUUCAAUGCGAGUGGUCGCCGUACUUAUGUAGAAUAUUUGUUGAUUUGCAGUUUCUUGGCACGUGCACGCCUCCGACGCAUACGCGGCGCACUUAACUGGAUACAAGACAUAGUAGUAGCUUAAGCAAAAGCUUACAACUCAACAAUACUAACUUAUAACUUGGGAGCCCAUUACCUAAUGUUAGCACUAUUCAACCCGUAUUCUAGCAUUACAGCGAUAUUAAGCAGGAAAAUUUACAUGGAAUUAAACAAACUUCAUGCGGGAAAAUACGAUUAUUGUAUGAUGGAUAAUUCCUAUCAGAGAAACUAGCACAGUAUGCACAUAUAUGUAUGUUAAAAUGUAACUAAAAAUGACUAUUUGUUAUUAGCUAUUGGAAAAAUUGGCAUAGUUUUUUAUACGUUUAAAUUAUGUAUUUGUAUUCUUAAAAAAUUGUAAUUCAAAAACUUAAAUAUUUUGCUUAACAAUCUAUAUAAAUUUAUGAUAAAAAUUUAAAUUAAAAUUAGCAGAAAUAAUAACAAUGAAGCACCACAACACUAUAAAAUCAGUUAUUUACUUAAUU